AUGAAUGAUAAUGUUAUAUGCAAUACACUUUAUUUUCUCUAAAAAUGUUAGCUUCUACUUAGUCAAAUAGAAGGUCAAUAAGAAUGGAUCAAUGAAAUAAAUUAGUGUCAGAAGGUAUUAGAACUUCAUCAAGUUAAUCACCCUCUCUAUGAACAAUGUUUAGUCUUCAUUACAGACAAGAUCAUACAUCCAUUUUUGUAAGACUUAGACACUAUAUUCAAUUGUCAAGAUGUCGUUAAGGAAAUAAAAAAAUAUGAAUUGAAUUUUAAUUACGUAAUUAAGAGACUAUCGUUGGUAAUGUUUGUAUCUAUAAAUUAGAUAAGAGAGUUCAUACCAAAUGUAAUAAAGGUACCUUUAGAUGACUUAUUUUGUAAACCUUAAACUGAUGAUGAAUGGAUUUAAUUAAAUCGAUAUAUAGAAUAUGUUAAUGUAUAAUGAAAAAUUUAAAAUAAGCUAGAUGAUCCACUAUCGUUGUCUAAAUAAUUUGAUUAAUUUUAUGACUAUAUAGCAAUGGGAGCAGCUUAUUGUACUUUGGGAACAAAGUAUUCAAACUCAUUGAUUAGUUUGAUUGUUUAGAAUGUGGGUGGGGCUGUUAUGUUAGUAAAGAAAUAGACAGCAAGAAACAUAAAGACUAAAGAAAUUACUAAUCCAUCACUCUCAUUUGUUAAGGGAUUGUGGAGUAUACAAAACAAUUCAACAUUUUUCAAGAAUUUUAUGAAACUGACUAAUUGUAAGGUAAAAUCACAUCUAAAAAUUCAUGUUCCCUUUUUAUUUGAUGAUUAAUAAUUUAAAUAUCAUCAUGAUAAUAAUACUUAUGUUUAAGAGAAAUUUAAGGGUUUCAAAAUGUUAGAUGAUCUUUUCAAUAAACUUUAAGCUAAGGAGUUAUUAAUAAAAUAAAAAUAAUAAAAAAUAAAAGUGAGAAUUAUAUCAGCAAAUAAAGUAAUUCUAAACAAAAAUGUUGAUUAUACUUCAUUAGUUUAGAAAGUAGUUGAAAUAAGUUCAGAACAUCAUUAGAUAAGUCAGAUUAUUCAAUAGAAUAAUAAAAAUACAAAUAUAAAAAAAGUAAUUUUACAUAUUCAUGGUGGUGGAUGGGUAGCCAUGUCUUCAUUUAGUCAUUAAUCUUAUACAAGGAAAUGGGCUAAUUAUUUAGGAGAUGAUACUAUAAUAUUCUCGAUAGAUUAUAGAUUGGCUCCUGAAUAUAGAUAUCCUUAUGCAUUAGAGGAUGUAUGGCAAUUAUAUUUAUGGAUCAUAAAUUUUAGUCAAUUCUAUUUAAAUAUAACAAUUGAAUAAAUAAUAUUAGCAGGAGAUUCGGCUGGUGGUAAUAUGGCAUUGGGAGUUUGUUUUAGAGCAAUAAAAUAUGGUAUCAGAAUUCCUGAUGGAUUAUUAAUGGCUUAUCCAGCUGUUAAUUUAGAUUUAAAUAAUUUUAAUCCAUACUUAUUAUAAGGAUUAAUUGAUUAAGUAGCUCCAGCAACUGUAUUAAAAUUAGCUUUACAUGAGUACUUAAAAGAUACAAAUGCAAAACCAAAUGUUGAUCCUUAUUUAAGUCCAUUAAUAGCUGAUGAUUCAUUUUUAUAAUUGUAAUUACAAUUAAAUAUUUUUAGAUUACCUAAAAUGACAAUUAUGUGUGGUUAAUUAGAUAGUUUGACUGGAGAUACAAUAAAAUUUGUUAAUAGAUUAAGAAAGUUAGAUAAGUAAUUUAGAAUGCUUAUAUAUAAUGGGAUAAAUCAUGGAUUUUUGAAUUUUGAAGUACCAAUUUUUGCAGUGCCUGCUAUAAAACCAUUAAUAGAAAGUAGUUGUGAUUUAUUAAAGCAGUUAUUUAAUUAAUGA